AUGCUAUCAGAAAACCCUCCCAAAAGGCACGGAUUGGCAGAAGCAGCUAAGGCAAAGAAGAAAGGGAAGGAUGGGGUACCAGUGGCAUCAAGUGCAGAAACAGCUGAUACGACUCGUCGCAGUUUGAUACCAAAUCAGGAUGCCGUAACAAGUACCGCGGUAGCUACACCCGUCUUUCCGUGUGACGCUAAGAAUUCGCAGAACUGGAUGAUUUAUUGCCAGGGAUAUUUGCUUCACGCCGUUUCGCUGCUUGAUAUUUAUAAGGAUCCGAAAACGUUUGUCGACAAACCGCUGAGGAAGGAUCCUGAAACAGUGAUCAAUGAGUUCCAUAAAAAAUUUCCUAAUCAAAUAAGCAUCAACGAUCGAGAAGCACUACGUGCUUUCGUUGAAGAGAAUUUUGAUGCCGAAGGAUCUGAUAUCGAGCAGUUCGUUUUUACACAAUGUCCGGAGGGGACCAUGCAGGAUUGGGAAGACGAGCCUGAGUAUCUGAUUGCAAUUGAAGAUCCUGAACUACGUCAAUUUGCAAUGGAAAUUCACGAGCAGUGGAAGAAGCUCUGUCACAUUGUUAAACCCGAGGUCCUGAGUGCAAUAAUUAAUUGA